AUGGCAGGGGAAGAGCAUGCGUUAGCCGGUCUCUUCCAAGCGCUGCAGGGUCUCACACCUAAAGAAUUCCAGGAGUUUAAGACGAAGUUAUCAGAGGUUCCUGCGGAAGGAGAACAGAAUAUUCCCAAGGAUUCGACGGUGAAGGCCGCCCACCCUUGAGUGCUUGCUAGCUGCACGGGCGAGAACCACAGCCAAGCCGCUGCGACGGAGGUAGCGAUCAGGUUGUUCAGAGAGAUGGACCAGAGGGACCUGGCGGAGAAACUCCUGGAUGAGCAGGUGAAAGAGUACAGGCGGAAAUACAAAGAGCACAUGGCCAGGGGGUUCCGACGGUACAAAGAAGUGAACUCCUGCCUCGGGGAAAGCCUGUCCGUCGCAGCCGCUACAACCAUCAGCAGCCGCUACACCGACCUGACCAUCACCAGGAAACCUCGCAGCGAGCGCGGAGGCGAGCAUGGACCUGUGGGCGCCAGCAACGGAUGCGUCGAUGCCGGCAACGGACCGGCCACCGUCACCGCGCAGACGCUGUUUAAACCUGGAGAAGAUGGGCAGCCACCGCAGAUCGUGGUGCUGGUGGGGGCCCCGGGGAUGGGGAAGACAAUGACGGUCCGGAAGGUGAUGGUGGAGUGGGUGGAGGGGAACCUCGACGCGCAGUUUGACUACGUCUUCUGCAUAGACUGCAAAGGCCUUGCCCUUACCAAGGAAGCGAGCGUGGCAGACCUGGUUUCAGAGUGCUGCCCUCACAAGCAAAUGCCAGCUGGGAAGAUCCUGGAUGAUCAGAAGAUCCUGUUCAUUUUGGAUGGCUUCGAGGCCCUGGGAUUUUCCUUGGAUCAGUCUAAAGAUGAGCUGAGCUCUGACCCCAGGGAAGUGAAGCCGCUGGCAACCACCCUGAUGAGCUUGUUGCAGAGGACUGUUCUUCCCGAGUCCUCCUUGCUCAUCACCACGAGACCAACGGCUCUUCAAAGCCUGGGGCGGUGCCUGGAUGGGGAGUAUUACGCAGAGAUACUGGGAUUUUCGGCAGCCAUGAGGGAGGAGUAUUUCCACAGGUAUUUUGAGAAUGACAAUAAAGCCAACGCGGCCUUCAGGUUUGCCAGAGGCAACGAGAUCCUCUACAGCUUGUGCGUCAUCCCCGCCAUGAGCUGGACUGUCUGCACCAUCCUCAAACAAGAGCUUUGCAAGAAGAAAAACCUCCUCGAGUGCUCUAAAGCCACCACAGAGAUGAGCAUGUUUUACCUCUCCUGGCUAAUGAAGUGCAGAGGGGGGGACAACCCGCAGGACCUCCGGCGGUUCCUGCACAAACUUUGCUCCUUGGCUGCCAACGGCAUCUGGAAGCACAAGGUCCUCUUCGAGGAGAGGGAAAUCAAGGACCGUGGCUUGAACCAGCCGGACCUUCUCCCCCUCUUCCUCAACGAGAUCUCCAGGAAAGGCAUAGACCACGGGACUGUCUACAGCUUCACCCACCUGCACCUCCAGGAGUUUUUCGCGGCCAUGUCUUACGUUCUGGAGGACGAGGAGGAGGCGGUCGGCAGCUCAGGCGCUCUCACGAAGGACCUGAGUCUGUUACUGGAAAGCUACAGCGAGUCCAGGAAGGAUUUGAACUUCACGGUGCGAUUCCUCUUUGGUCUGGUAAGCCAAAAAUCGAUAGAGUCCGUGGACAAAAUCAUGGGGUGCAGAAUUUCACCACGAGCCAGGGAAGAUCUGCUGAGGUGGCUCCAGGGGAAGCACAGAGGCAUCUCCCAUCCCAGCCAAGCGCCGAAGGUUACGGAGCUGGACACUUUCCAUUUUUUGUUCGAGCUGAACGAGGAAAGCUUCCUGCAAAGCGCAUUGGGUGGUUUCACCGCCGUAGACUUGCAGGACAUCAGGCUGAACCUGUACGACCAAACGGCUCUUUCCUUCUGCAUCAGGCGCUGGGCUGGGCUGGGCCACGUCACCCUCCAGGGAUGCUCCUUCGCCCAGCAGGAUCCCAGGGAAGAGCUGGCCACGUCAGUGCCGCG